AUGUAUUCACUAUCCUUGAAUGCCUUCCUACUAGGCCUCGCAACCACAGCUGUUGCCAUCCCUCACACAACCCGCGCUACGUGCGACGAGGCAUCCCUGAACACGACAUCGUUUGUGUAUACCACCACAUCAGACGACACCAUCUUCAGCAUCGCGAAGAAAUUCGACCGCGGCGCAUGCGACAUCGCACGCGCCAACCGCAUGAUCGACGCUGAGCACCUCUACGCAGAGUUCACGCUCAAGAUCCCCGCCCAAGUGUGCAACCCGGAUAGCACGACUUGUCUCUUGACCAGGCAAAAUGCCACAGCCACGUGUGUCAAGGGCGGUCCCCACGAUUACAGGACCAUUGCCGGCGACACUAUUGAAAAGAUCGCUCUUUACAAGCUGAACGUGACUGUUGAGACCAUUUGGGCCCAGGCUAAGGGCAUGAUUUCGUCGACGACGGAGGUUAUUCCUGCGAACUCGUGGAUCAAAAUCCCCCAGUGUGUGCCGAGUGUUUGCAGCGUCACUCCGUUCCACUUUACCUAUGGUGUUUACAAGGAUCUGGCGGAGAAGUUCGAUACCACUGUUGGUCAGAUCAUGUCUUUCAAUGGCGGGUAUAAUUAUAGUGACCACUCGGAUGCCGAGGCCGCUUGGAUUACGGUUCCUAUGGGAUGUGUGAAUCUGGCUCUGAAUGUCACCGAGGAGGUAUAA